AUGAACACCUUCAAGAUGCUUGGGGGGCUGGUCCUGCUUCUCUCCGUGAUUCCCUUCGGUGCUGGCCAAAAUGAGGUCACUGUGACCUGUUCCCGAGAUUGGUUCCAGGUCACUGUUGACCCCUUCCUGCUAAACAGUGAUGUAUAUGUGCACUUCAGUGAGGUGCAUUUGGGCAACUACUGCCCCCCCAAUCGUGUCGAGCCCUACAUGUACCAGUUCACCUACCUGGUCACUGAGUGUGGUAUUAGGGCCAAGGUCGUCUCUCAGGACUUGGUCAUCUAUAGCACUGAGGUGUACUACCAGACUUCACCCAAGUACGUGAUCUCCGUGUCAUGUGCAGCCCCCCAGAAGUCUCCCUGGCUCCCUAUACCCAAGCCUGUGAGAGCAGCCAGAGCCACUAGGACCACAAGCCAGACCAAAGGGGCAUCCACCCAGGUGUUUGACUCGCCAGAAUCUAGCCAAACCCCCACCUGCGACUGUCCACCUUUUGUCUUUGGCAGAGAGGAGGGGGCGUCAGCUGCAAGUAGCGAGGUGGCCAUGCAGGUGGCCCUUCCUGAGCAGUCACCUUACGCAGCAUAUUUUUUGACAGACUGGGAUCUUCGCUCGGAUGAUCUCCUUGGGCCCAUGUAG